AUGACUUUUUUUCAGAAAUCUCUCCCUACAUGCCACAAGUGCUCAGAGAAGAUCAGCGAACAGCUUUUGAAAGCUCUAGGUUCCGAUUUCCAUCCGACCUGUUUCACUUGCGAGGAAUGUAAAAAGGGGCUUAGCGGUGUGCCGUUCAAUGUUGACAACGAAAACAAAGCCUACUGCACUAAUUGCUUCAUAGACAAGUUCGCUCCACGUUGCGAUGUGUGCAACAAGCCGAUUAUAGCCAAGGAAGGAGAGAAGGAAGCGACACGAUACCUAGCCAUGGGCAGGUCAUUCCAUCCGGAAUGCUUCAAAUGCGAGGACUGUAGUAGCGUGUUAUCCGCCGAUGGCGGCGAGGCCGGUUGCUAUCCACUGAAUGAACGUCUAUUGUGUAAAAACUGCCACAUGAAAAAACUCAAGGCAGACAAGGAAAAGCAAAGCAAC